CCUCGCCCUGUCUCGCCAACAAGUCCUCUACCAUCUCCCUCCCAACCUGUAGCCAGGCGACAUCUUCAACAGAAGAAGCAGCGAGCAAGCCAAGAUGGAGGCGCUGAAGCAGAAGGCGAAGGACAUGGUCACCACGCGCGAGGGCGCGCUGGGAGCCGUGGCGGUGGUCGCCGGCGCCGUGGGCGCCUACUUCUUCUGGCCUGCCGGUGUGGCCGCCGGCGCCAUGAUGAAGGCCCCAGGCGCCGCCGGAUUCCUCAUCUCACGCGCGGCCUUCCUGGCCAACCCGCAGCUCUACUUCCAUCUCCUGCGCACCGCCGGACCCAAGGCAGCGGCCGCCGCCUUCCUUUAGUAGGGAAGCGCAGCACAUGCAUGCAUGCAUGCAUGUCCCUUCCGUCGAUCUACUGAAGUCAGUGCUGUCUCUGUCUACUAGAAAUGUUCGGUGUGUGUUGAUCUAUCUUAUAUUACUAGUGUACUACUCCAGAUCUGUUGAUCUGCCGCUAGCUAGUUCCUUCUGUCGAUCCUACCGAAGUUCCAUGUAAUGCCCAAGAAGAUGCUGUGUGUGUCAAGUUAUCUUAGUGUGCUCUGUUGAUUUGCA